ACUGACUACAGGCAUUAUUUUUGUUCUGGACGUUCAAGUCCAGUCCUUACCCAGGUCCUGUCUACGUCUGCUUUUACUGCAUUCGUCACUGCUAUAUGUUUCUGUUGUUCAUCUGUUUCAGAGCUAAUCCAUUUGCUGUUCAUCUCGACCCCGACAGUCCUGCUAGGUUUACAUUCAGAAAAUCACAGGGAAAACAAAAUUAGAAGGCUCUCAUGAUGUCUUUACCAUUCUAUCAAAGACACCAUGACCAUUAUGACCGUGCGUAUCGCCAUAAAGCACUGCAGUCAACUGUAAGCCAGUACCAAAAGGAAACAAAGAGCAAAUCUGCUGUCUAUGCUCAAGGAUCUGCAGCUUAUGCCAGGGGAUCUGCAGCCUACCGCCAUGCUUCUGCAGCAGACUUCAGCCUCGAGUCUUCAGCAGCAUAUAGCCAUGGCUCUUCAGCCCACAACCUUGAGUCAGCAGCCUACAGCUAUGGAUCUACAGCCUAUGAUCACGCUGCUGUGCAAAGUAAGAGAUCUGCUGCCUACAGUCUUGACUCUGAAGCCCUCAGCAAGAGCUCUGCUGCCUAUAGUCAUGGAUCUGAAUCAAUCAACAAGCUGGCUGCAGCCUACCGCCUGGGGUCAGAGACCUACGGUCUUGGACUGAAAGAUUCCAAUCUAAUGAUCGAAGAUCAGUCCUAUAAAAUGAGCCCCAAAGCAAAGAGAGCAAGACAGCAUUUGGUAUCUGAGGACAAAGAGAAUGAAGCCAUAGACUAUUCAGUACCUAUUUUCACAGGACGUGAAGUAAAUAUCAGUGGGAUCACAGAUACAGAAGAAGAAAGAAUUAAAGAGAGCACUGCCUACGUUGCCAAAAGGAACCUCUUUGCAACCGGUGAAGGAGUUAGUGUCAGCAAGGUGGCCAAGUCUGUCUCUGAAGAGGAACAUCAUGAGAAAAAAUCAAGGAAAGUAGCGAUACGGGAGUCUGCAGAGCGUGUGGCCCUGAAGAAAACGCUAGAAGAUACUCAGGCAUUUCACAAAAAGUUGAAUCAAGAUAAACUUUUACAUCCUCCUGAGUUUGUUAUUGAACCUCGUUCUCACACUAUCUGGGAAAAGCAAAAUGUCAAAUUUCAUUGCACAGUGGCUGGCUGGCCAGUACCCCGUGUUACAUGGUACAAAAACAAUGUCCCCAUUGAUGUACAGGCUCACCCUGGCAAAUAUACCAUUGAAAAUCGAUAUGGAUUGCACUCCCUGGAGAUCAGCACAUGUGAUUUUGAUGACAUUGCUCAGUACCGGGCAUCUGCUAUGAAUGUUAAAGGAGAAGUUUCGGCUUAUGCUUCCCUUGUGGUAAAGAGGUAUAAAGGAGAAAUUGAUGCCAGUCAUUUGCAUGCUGGGACGUUUUCCAUGCCUCUGAGCCUUGGUGUUACCCCACAUGGCUUCGCUUCCAGGUUCGAAAUCAAAUUUAUUGACAAGUUUGAGGUAACGUUUGGGAGAGAAGGUGAGACGAUGAGUCUGGGCUGCACGGUUGUCAUCAGUCCUGAUAUCAAGCGCUUCAAACCAGACAUUGAGUGGUACCGCAAUGGUGUUCUUAUUACACCAUCCAAAUGGGUCCAGAUGCACUGGACUGGGGAGAGAGCUUCCUUAACACUGACUCAUGCGAACAAGGAAGAUGAAGGUCUUUACACUCUGCGUGUUGUGAUGGGAGAAUACUAUGAGGAGUAUAGUGGCUAUGUCUUUGUUCGAGAUGCUGAUGCUGAGAUCCCAGGAGCCCCUGGCGCACCGCUGGAUGUGCAGUGCUUAGAUGCCAACAAGGAUUAUGUCAUUGUGUCCUGGAAGCAGCCAGCUGUUGAUGGAGGAAACCCCAUCCUCGGAUACUUCAUUGACAGGUGUGAGGUUGGCACCACCCACUGGACCCAAUGCAAUGAGACUCCAGUGAAGUUUGCUCGUUUUCCUGUCACUGGUUUGAUCGAGGGCCGCUCCUACAUCUUCCGAGUCCGAGCGGUGAACAGAGCUGGUGUUAGCCUACCAUCCCGUGUGUCAGAGCCUGUGGCUGCCCUGGAUCCCGCAGACAGAGCCAGACUGAGAAGUCACCCUUCCGCUCCUUGGACAGGACAGAUUAUUGUCACUGAGGAGGAACCUGCAGAGGGUGUCAUUCCUGGUCCACCUACAGACCUCCAAGUUAUUGAAGCUACCAAGAACUAUGUUGUGUUGAGCUGGAAACCUCCUGGACAGCGGGGCCAUGAGGGUAUCAUGUAUUUUGUGGAAAAGUGCAUUGCUGGCACAGAGGACUGGCAAAGGGUGAACACCGAGAUCCCUGUGAAGUCCCCUCGCUUUGCAGUUUUUGAUUUGUCUGAAGGCAAAUCCUAUUGCUUCCGGGUUCGCUGUUGCAAUUCAGCUGGAAUCGGUGAGCCUUCAGAAGCAACUGAAGCCACUGUGGUGGAUGACAAACUUGAUAUUCCCAAACCUCCUGGCCGUAUUAUGCCAACUAGAAACACAGAUACCUCCGUUGUUGUCACUUGGACAGAACCCCCAGAUGCCAAGGAGUUGGUUGGAUAUUACAUCGAGUCAAGUGUGGUUGGAUCUGGUCAUUGGGAACCAUGCAACAACAAUCCAGUCAAAGGCACAAGAUUCAUUUGCCAUGGGCUUGUCAACGGUGAGAAGUACAUUUUCAGAGUCAGGGCUGUUAAUGCAGCUGGACUCAGUGAAUUUUCCCAGGAUUCAGAGCCUAUAGAAGUGCAAGCAGCCAUUGGGGGAGGAUUGCUUCAUGGUGUGUGUCCUGAACUGAGUGGUAAAGCUGAUGGACUAACAGACUGCACUACCAGCUGGGAAGGCAUGCAUGAGUCCUCCCAGCCUAUCUUUGACACAGAUGCUUUGCUAAAAUGCAAUGCUAAAUUUAAUAGAGACCCGCUACCCAGUAGCUCUGACAAACUGGGGAGUACAGGAGACAAUAACUUGAAAGAAAUGGUUAAGGAUGUUAUCACAUCUGCACCACAAAAAAUCGUUGCUAAGCAGGCAAGUAAGUCUCGACCCGGGGAUCCUUUGACAAUGGAAAAAAUGAAAAAGAAGAAAGAUAUAGCUGCUCCAUCUCCACCAUAUGACAUCACGGUCCUUGAGAGUGUUCGGGACUCCAUGGUGUUAGGAUGGAAACAACCCAAAGCCACUGGGGGAACUGAAAUUACUGGCUACUACGUGAACUACCGUGAAGUGAUUGGUGGAGUUCCUGGGAAAUGGAGGGAGGCCAACAUUAAAGCCGUUAGCGAGAGGGCAUACAGGAUUGAAAACCUGAAGGAAAACAUGGUGUACCAGUUCCAGGUGGCUGCUGCUAACCUGGCUGGGGUUGGGACACCCUCCCUGCCCAGCAAGCCCUUCAAAUGUGAAGAAUGGACCAUUGCUGUACCUGGGCCACCUCACGAUGUCACAUACACAGAAGUUAGGAAGGACUCUUUGGUAUUACUGUGGAAGGAACCAGUUUAUACUGGUCGUAGUCCUAUAGCUGGUUACUACAUUGAUAUGAAGGAAACUGAAGCAAAGGAGGAACGUUGGAGAAGCGUCAAUGAGAAGCCACUUCAAAAGAAAUUCUUGAAGAUAGCUGGCCUAACAGAAGGGGUGAGCUAUGUGUUCCGUGUGCGGGCGACAAACCAGGCUGGUGUUGGGAGACCAUCGGAUAUCACUGAUCCCGUUGUAGCUGAGACACGACCAGGAACUAAGGAAGUGGUGGUUAAUGUGGAUGACGAUGGAGUCAUUUCCUUGAACUUUGAAUGUGAUCAGAUGUCUCCAAACUCUAAGUUUGUUUGGUCCAAGAACUAUGAGCCAAUUGAGGAUGACUCUCGACUGGACAUCGAUUCCAAAGGCGGAAAGUCAAAAGCAGUCUUUAAGAAUCUUGGGGAAGAUGAUUUGGGAAUUUAUUCCUGUGUUGUUACGGACACUGAUGGAGUUUCAUCAGGCUACACAAUUGAUGAAGAAGAAAUGAAACGCCUGCUUGCUCUGAGCCAUGAACACAAAUUCCCAACUAUUCCACUUGCUUCUGAGCUGGCAGUAGAAAUUCUGGAAAAAGGAGAAGUGAGAUUCUGGUUGCAAGCUGAAAAAUUGUCUGGCAAUGCAAAGGCCAACUUUGUAUUUAAUGAUAAGGAAAUUUUUAAUGGGGAGAAAUAUAAGAUGAAGGUGGACCAGCAUACUGGCCUUGUUGAAAUGAUUAUGGAUAAACUUGAGGACAAAGAUGAAGGGACUUACACUUUCCAGCUGCAGGAUGGAAAAGCAACCAAUCAGUCCAGCCUGGUCCUCAUCGGUGAUGUAUUCAAGAAGCUGCGAGAUGAAGCAGAAUUCCAAAGAAAAGAGUGGCACAGGAAACAAGGUCCUCAUUUUGUGGAUCAGCUGGGAUGGGAAGUUACUGAUGAAUGUAAUGUGAUGCUGAAAUGUAAGGUGGCCAAUAUUAAGAAGGAAACACAUAUUGUAUGGUACAAAGAUACCAGGGAGAUAAUGGUAGAUGAAGAGCAUGACUUUAAAGACGGUGUGUGCACCCUGCUGAUAUCAGAGUUUUCUAAGAAAGACACUGGAAUUUAUGAAGUCAUACUGAAGGAUGACAGAGGGAAGGACAUCAGUGAGCUGAAACUUACGGACACAGCUUUUGCAGAUCUGAUGAAUGAAGUAUGCAGAAGGAUUGCUUUAUCUGCAACAGAUCUGAAAAUCCAGAGCACAGCCGAGGGCAUCAGGCUGUACUCCUUUGUCACCUACUAUGUGGAAGAUCUGAGAGUAGGCUGGGUGCACAACGAUACCCAGAUUAGGUUUACAGACAGAGUGAAGACUGGUGUCACUGGGGAACAGAUCUGGCUGCAGAUCAAUGAGCCAACUCCACAAGACAAAGGCAAAUACACAAUGGAACUCUUUGAUGGUAAAACUGGACACAAAAAGACAGUGGAUCUUUCUGGGCAAGCAUUUGAUGAAGCCUUUGCCGAGUUCCAGAGAUUAAAGCAAGCUGCAAUUGCAGAGAAAAAUCGCGCCCGGGUGCUUGGAGGUUUGCCCGAUGUUGUCACCAUCCAGGAAGGCAAGGCACUCAAUCUGUCUUGCACUGUCUGGGGAGAUCCUACCCCAGAGGUCUCAUGGCUGAAGAACGAAAAAUCGUUUGUGUCAGAUGCUAACUGCAUCCUGAAAUUCGAAGCUGGGAAAAAUGUCAGCUUCACCAUUUCUGCUGUGUCCACACACGACUCUGGGAAGUACAGCCUUGUGGUGAAGAACAAGUAUGGAACGGAGACCAGCGAUGUCACCGUGAUUGUGAUUACUGUGUCAGGCCAGACUGACACAGCUAAGCACACUGUUAGCAUCUCAGGACAAAGUCAAAAUAAUAUAACUGUACCCAAAAAGAAAAAAGCAACUACUAUGAGCAAACCACAACAGGAAAAGGAAAAGAAAGAUAUUAAGCCACACGUAGAUGAAAUUAUUGCCACAGAAGAGACAUCUGAUUCAAAAGAGAUCCCCAGAGUGGAAAAAGAAAAGAAUACAGAGAACAAUCAACAGACAGAAAAGAAGACUCAUGGAAAGGCUGCAGCAGCAAGAACAGUUCCUUAACCUAUAGAAAGCCUGGGAACAGGGGAAAAAAAUCACUGGUGAAAAAAAGCCUUGAGUUAAAUCCUGUGUUCUUGAAUGAAGAGUAUGAAUUUGCUAUGAUCUUACUACGUACUAAUAAGUUCAAGUUGAGAUUUCAUGGGUGAUAGACUAGCCAUAUUAUUUUAACACAAAAGUGUGAGUGUUUUUAUAUGAUUCAUAAUACUUCAUAACUUUAAAUGCACAAUAGGUGUGCAGUUACGUCUCAGUAUCAGAGAAGCUGUAUUGCAGUCAUUGCUAAGUAUCACAACGACCAAUUACUAACAAGGUAAUUUUAAUUAUUAAAAACAUCCAUGAGAAGCAGAGGUUAUUAGAAUGAGACCUAUCUAGAAGCGACUUCUCUACUAGUCUGUAAAAGAAUGCUGAAAUCAGUUACAUGGAUUUGUUAAUCAAUACCUGUAGACCAUCAUAUUUUGAGGCAAACACCAUUUACCUUCUCUGAGUAUUUAUGAUCCUCUUAAUGCCUUGUGGGUGACACUCUUCACCAUGACCAUUGAGGCCACAGGGGGAGAUCUCCAGAAGCAGAACCAUCUCCUACAGCCACAGAAAAGCCACAAGUGGGUUUUCUUUUGUUGUAGGUUUCUUUCAUCCACUUUCAUCAGAUGGCUGAUGUUUGUUUAGUUCUGCUUUUCAGUCCUUUCCACUUCAUCAGUUCCCUCCUGGUCCUGAUGAGGUGCCAUGGAUAUUAUAGUACAAAUCCAGAAAUCAUCCAGUGCACUCACAUUGUAUGCAGCCCUGUUUGGAUCAUUCACAGCAAGGCAGAUAACUGUCAGAUUUUUCAUGUCUCCCAGGGGACGCAUCCAACCACACAACCAAAUGAGUUAUCCAGCAGUACAAUAAGGACUUGAACCCUUUUUGAUGGGAGAAGAGUAUAGCUAUACAUUAAGCCUACCUAUACACAGCCUUCAUAAAUAGACUACAUACAAGCCAAGAAUCUCUACUUAAGUCAUUUAAUGUGUCCAGAGUGGAAAAAAAGAGUGGAAAUUUAGAUAAGAUGUUGGGGAAAUUUUGUACUCUAAGGGUGGUGAGGCCCUGGCACAGCUGCCCAUGUAAGCUGUGGUGCCCCAUCCCUGCAGGCACUCAAGGCCAGGUUGGAUGGGGCCCUGGGCAGCUGAGCUACUGGGUGGCAGCCCUGCCCAUGGCACGGUGGGCUGGUGGGCUACAAGGUCCUCUCCAAUGAGGAUGUAUGAAAAUGCAAUUUUUUUGUGGGUAUCUUGGAGGAAGCAGAGUUCAAACUAAAAAAAAAAAAAAAAAAAGACCAAAAAAACAAAGGUCAGAAUUUCUUUUAUUAACAUGCAAGCAAAUCCAACUUUUAAGAAAUUAGAAAUUAUUAAGUAUGUGAAAUAAAUAUGUUUAAUUACUAGGAAAAUAUGUUUAUUGAUUUCUACCCUCAAAAAGCUCAGUCAUAUUAUGUUGGCUUUCUCCAGAUGGCUUACUGAUGAAAGAUUACUAAACUCUGUUGGUAUUUCUAGGGUGUUAGAUCUAUGACAAAAGUGGAUAUACUGAAAACGUGAGAAGUAUCACACUUCUAACCCACCAUGAUAGAACUGUCAGCAUGAAAAAAACAAUAAAAAAUCUUAAGACAUUUAAAUGUUUAACACCUGAGACAGUCAUACCUGUGAAAUCCAUUUCUUUUUAAUAAAAAAAUCCAAAAGA